CGUCUCGCUCUGACUAACCGGCUCGCGCCUAGGCCCAGAGAAGGCCUGGGAAGCGCCGCCUUGUGGUACGUCACGUGACUGGAGGGGAGCCCCUCCCAACACUAGCUGAGAGACACCGAGACCGGGAGAGAGGAGAUACACCGGGAGAGCUACGGAGACACGGGCUGUUGUAUCUCCGAGAGGGGAGAGACACACGGCGGGCGAAUAAUGAGGAGACUGGCCGAAGGGAGGACAUUGGAAGCGCGGCGGAGGUGCUGAGAGGAGACACACUGGGCUCUAAUCCCCCCGUACCGCCCGGUGGGGGAGGGAGAAGACUUGGCUGCUGUGGCAGCGCCCGGGCCGGAGGCCUCUUACAGACAGGAGGUGGAGCUGAAGGUCCAGUUGUGGGGAGGACAAACUUUCAGAAGCAUGGUUGAAGCGCAGACCUUCAUUGUGCACACAGUCAGAGCGGUUGUGACAAAUGCAAUAUGAACCGUGAAGAACGGAACGUGCUGCGUAUGAAAGAAAGGGAAAGGCGAAAUCAAGAAAUUCAGCAGGGCGAAGAGACCUUUCCAUCUACCUCUCCUCUCUUUGCUGAACCUUAUAAAGUUACGGCCAAGGAAGAUAAAUUAUCAAACCGUAUCCAGAGCAUGCUGGGAAACUACGAUGAGAUGAAAGAAAUGAUAAGUGACCGACCUUUGCCGAUUGAGAUUCCCAAGCACACUGUUCCUCCCCCACCCUCAGAUGAUAAGUCUGGACAGGGUUUCUUUCCAGAUCAGAGACUUAGUAACUCACACCAGAGCAGUAAAUGGACUCCUGUAGGCCCUGCACCAGGCACUUCACAGUCCCAGAAACGAUCCUCAUCUAGUUCCCAGGGAGGACACAGCAGGAGUAGUGGUAGCAGCAGCAGUCAAAGGCACGACAGGGAGUCUUACAGCAGCAGCCGUAAAAAACAUGGAUCAGAUCACUCUAAAUCUCGUUCCAUUAGUCCGGCCAAACAGUCUGCAUUAAGUUCUAGCCAUUCACGUUCUCAUGGGAAUGAUCACCAUAGCAAGGAUCGGCAACGCUCUAAAUCUCCAAGGGACCCUGAUGCUAACUGGGAUUCUCCUUCUCGAGCACCUUCAUUUUCAAGCGGGCAGCAUCCCACCCAGGCUUUCCCCCCAUCGUUAAUGUCUAAGUCUAGCUCAAUGCUGCAGAAACCUACGGCUUAUGUACGUCCCAUGGAUGGGCCAGAGUCUAUGGAACCAAAACUGUCUUCUGAACACUACAGCAGCCAGUCUCAAAGCAACAGUAUGAGUGAACUAAAAUCAAACAGCAAAGCACAUUUAACAAAGUUGAAGAUACCUUCCCAGCCUCUAGAUGCUUCUGCAUCCGGUGAUGUAAGCUGUGUGGAUGAAAUUCUCAAAGAAAUGACACAUUCAUGGCCUCCACCAUUGACUGCAAUUCACACCCCUUGCAAAACUGAGCCCUCUAAAUUCCCAUUCCCAACAAAGGACUCUAACUUUUCCACUACUGAGCAAAAGCGAUAUAUUGCUUCAACCAAAGCUUCCAAUGGACAUCCGUCUAAAGCUAUUUUGAAAGAAGACUUGAAGCUAAGUAGCAGUGAAGAUAGUGAUGUAGAUCAGGACUGUGAUAAGGCUGUACCAACCAACACACCAGGAAGUAACUCGGAUCCAUCCCAGCAUAACAGUGAAGGAGCUGACAAUUCAAGGGAUGAUUCCAGUAGCCACAGUGGGUCAGAGAGCAGCUCAGGCUCUGAUUCAGAGAGUGAGAGCAGCUCUAGUGACAGCGAGGCUAAUGAACCAUCACGUAGUGCAUCACCUGAGCCUGAACAUCCACCUUCAAAUAAGUGGCAGUUGGAUAAUUGGCUGAAUAAAGUGAACCCACACAAAGUGUCUCCAGCAUCUUCAGUAGAAAGCAAUAUUCCUUCAUCGCAAGGUUACAAAAAGGAGGUUCAAGAGCAGGGUACUGGAACUGGCUAUACAGAACCAAGUGGACCAAAGGAGUCCAAUGCUUCUACACCAAUCAGAGAAACAAAGGUUGCACAAAAGGGUUCUGAAGGGAGCAGAGGAAGACAAAAGUCUCCAGCGAACAGCGAGAGUGCAACUCAGCGAAGAAGUUUUGGAAAGAAACAACCAAACAAACAACCCGUUGAGGCACCGAGAAGGGAACUUAAAGUGGAAAGUGUCACCACUGCAGAAACAACCACCAAUUUGCCUGCUAAUAGACACAAGGCAGCCACAAAGGGUUUACGAAAACCCAAUAUAAAAAAAGAGCCCAAGUCAUCUCCCCGGCAGGCAACUGAGAGGAAAAAGUACAAGACCUCUAAACCAUCUAAUAAAUCCAAGGAAUUUAUUGAAACUGAUACCUCAUCCUCUGAUUCAGAUGAAAUUGAAAGCCUUCCUCCUUCAUCCCAAACCCCCAAGUAUUCAGAGAGCAAUAGGACUCCUCCAGCCAAACCCUCCACUGAGGAGGAUGAUACCUUUUUUCGACAGCGAUUGUUCUCUCCUAUGGAAGAGAAGGAGCUUCUUUCACCUCUGAGUGAACCUGAGGACAGAUACCCGCUUAUUGUAAAGAUUGACUUGAGCCUAUUAACGCGAAUACCCGGGAGACCUGCUAAGGAACCAGAACCAAUUAAGGUUGAAAAGACUGCCCCUGAAAAACAUCCAAAAGAAACCCAGAAACAGGCUGAGAAAACAUCUACCAGUGGAAAGAGGAAGCACAAGAAUGACGACGAUUCCAGAGGGAAUGAAAGCAAGAAACCAAAGGUGGAGGAAAAAGCAUCAAGCCACAAAACAUCCAGCAGAGAGUCAUCCAAGCAGAAUCCAGUAAAAGAGAAAGAUCCUCUGCCAUCUCCAGCUCCUCCUGCUCAGCCGAAGGAAACCAAGACAGAGCAUGGGCAACGGAAAAGAUCAGCCAGUCAGUCAUCCUCAAUGAAAUCUAGCAGCAGUGGCAGCACUAAGGAGAGCAGCACUAAGAGCAGCUCUUCUGCAAAGCAAAAAAAGACUGAAGGGAAAAGUUCUAGCAGUGCAAAAGAACCCAAGGAAAAAACAUCAAAUAAUACUGCUGCUGUAGCCUUCAUACCACCGAUUGACAACAAGUCUCGAAGGGCCAAGCUUUCAUUCGAAGACCGAAACCAUUCAGCUGAUCAUUACCUGCAGGAGGCAAAGAAACUGAAGCACAAUGCAGAUGCUUUGGUAAGACUUCCCAAAGACAAUAUAAGUUCUAACAGGUCGGAUAGAUUUGAAAAAGCGGUAUACUACCUGGAUGCAGUGGUCUCUUUUAUUGAAUGUGGGAAUGCACUGGAGAAGAGUGUCCAAGAAGCAAAAUCUCCAUUUCCUAUGUAUUCAGAAACCGUGGAACUCAUUAAGUAUACUAUGAAACUGAAGAGUUACUCUGCUCCAGACGCUACCGCAGCUGAUAAAAGGCUUGGUGUUCUUUGUCUCAGGUGUCAGUCUCUUCUGUACUUGAGGUUGUUUAAACUGAAGAAGGAGAGUGCAUUGAAGUAUUCCAAAACAUUAACUGAGCACCUGAAAAACUCUUACAGUAAUUCACAAGCCCCAUCACCUGGUUUGGGAAGCAAGUCUGUCAGUAUGCCUUCACCAGUGUCCCCAAAGCUGUCUCCUGGCAACUCCAAUAGCUAUCCCUCCAGUGUGUCCAGUUCCUCAGGUGGUACGUCAUCUGUAACUAUUCCACAAAGGAUACAUCAGAUGGCAGCAAGCUACGUUCAAGUCACGUCCAACUUCCUUUAUGCCACUGAGAUUUGGGACCAGGCUGAACAGCUCUGUAAAGAGCAAAGUGAGUUUUUUACGGAAUUGGACAAAGUAUCGGGCCCCUUGGUCUUUAACGCAAGCACUAUGAUAGAACUGGUACGCUACACCCGUCAAGGCCUGCAUUGGUUGCGUUUAGACGCCAAGUUAAAACAUUAAAGACCUGAGGAAAUGGGACCCCAAACUUUUUUUUGUUUGUUUUUGCUGCCUCUAAUUUUUUUUGACAACACUGUGUCCUGUUGAGAAGGAAGACUGCCAUGAUAUAUCAAUUGGCUGGCACGGAGGACAAAUUGCUCUGCACAUCUUGGUUUCAGCCAUAUCCAUGACAACGCUUUGCCGAUCAUCUUACUCAAGCUUCACUUUUUAUUUAAACUUAAAGAAACGUAUUUAAUUUUUUUUUUUUUAAGUAGCAUUAUGAAUGUUUUUUUUUUUUCCCAUCGUUCUACGGUGGAAUUCAAAUUCCUGAUUAUCGUGCACGAUAGAUUUGUAAAACUAUUUAUUUUAUUAAGCUUAUUACAGAUGUAUAGUGUACCAAAGGGGGCUUUGUUUUCCACCCCUUGUCUAUUACAGUCUACCCUUAAGUAGUGCAGGAAGUUACACACAAGUUGUGACCUGCACUUGGUAGUAUACAUAAGAGCCCACACAGUUACAAGUUCUCUUUACUACAGCGUUGGGCAUGUAUGAACAGUGUACAUGUGUGAACGUUGGCUCUCAGAUGUUAACCAGAGUUUAAAUGGCUUUUAGAUAUCUUUUAUCAAGAUUAGCCCUACAACAUAUGCAUUUCGGGUUUAUUUUUAUUCUUUAGUGGUUUGUGGGCUUUGUUACUUUGUACUGUCUUUGUGUUAGAGAAGAGUUAAACACAGUGCUUUUAUUGUAGUUGUAGGUACUUUUCAUUUAUAACCAACAAGAACCGUUAAAAGCAAAUGCAUUUUUAUUAUAUGAGUAGGAACCAGGAAGGCACGUGCAUAUGAUAUAAAAGAUCAAUGAGAGUAAAUUGUAGAAUUACAGAUAUUUAAGAGAAUCUAAUGUAUUUCCUACUGGAUAAAAGAAAGUGUUCAGAGUAGGCUGCAACCACAUCAGAAUACACUAUUUUACAAUCAUUAGAGAACAUAGCUUGUAUGAAAUACAAUCUUCAGAUUGGUUAAACAGGGUAUAAUGACUUAUAUGAGCACCAGUGCAUGUGAUGGACUAAAUUCAGAUAUGCUGAUGGAUUCAGUCCUCCAUGUUGAUUUCCCAGUAUUGUGAUUUGUGAUGUACAGAAUAUGGUGAUGAAACUCACAUAUAGUGUAGCUGGCGUUCAGCUGAAACAUAUUGUUGGGGGUUGGGAGACAUCUCUGAAAUGUGGUGCAAAGGAAUGUCAAACUAUUGCCCAUAGCAGACAGUUACAUUCUACCUGUUUUUCUUGUGCAAUGUAGGCAAAAUGUAUUAUAGCAGCAUUGACCCAGUCUUAAAAAAGGUUGCCCUCAAAGCAAGGCUUCUUUGUGUUUAGCCCAUGCAUUGGAAUUAUAGGGGUUUAGACAUGCGGAUAUAUAAAGGCAUUUGCAUUAAUACUGAAUUUCUGUUCCCUCCCUGGUAAAAUGGAAGGGUUACACACAGUGGUUCAAACGUCUCUGAGGAUUUUAAAGCCAAGUAUUAUCUGCUCUUAAUAUUCAUUUUUAAUACGAGGAAUCGUGUAUGUUAGUAUUUAGGAACACUUUGUACACAGAGGGAGGGUCUACUGUUGUUUGAGCCAUCUCCCAAUUGUGCACAUUGCCUGCCCAGCAUUUUAUGAAUUUUAAGGAUUUUUUUUAGAUCAUGUUUUAGAUUCUGCUUGGGAACCUCAAUUGUGUUCCUUAAAUUAAUUGGAUAUAAUCUUUGCCAGGGAUGUACAAGGCUUUGAGCCUUAUACAUCCCUGGAGAGAGAUUGAUUUUUAUUUUUUAAUUUUUUUUUUUUGAUCGCACGGUCAUAAUAGCCACCAUUUCAUUGCCUUGUCUCAAAUAGAUGCCAAAAUCCACUUUAGCAAUAAUCAUGGCACUUACAUUAUUGUGCAGGAAACUCUGGGAUGCAUUGGCGCUAGGAUUUUGGAUUCCUUUUAGGAGUGGUAAAAUAAGACUUCUUAUAAGGGAAUUGUCUGUUAUUCCCUUAUGCAACUGCAGCAUUCUGUAUCGUAUCUGCUCUGCUGUUAAGCUGCUUCAAAAGCAGCUUGAAAAGAUUGUACAAAUGUUUCCUAUUUUCUCUUUAUGUUUUGUGAGAUUAAGGUCUCAUGCAAACUAGUGUUAAAAAAAAAAAAA